AUGAAAGCCUCCAUUGUCGUCGCGACGCUCUCUUUGCUGGUUUCAGCCAGCCCCCCGGAACGUCGGUUUCGGCAAGACGCGGGAUGGAACAUCCAAGCCAUCUCUCACCGACAUCCUCCUAGAAAGAUAAACGGCAAAUAUCGCGACACAGGCUACCUUUACAACCGCUGGCCCGAAGAUAAGGAAUUUUACGCAUAUGUGCUCGACUCAGGCAUCCGAACCACACAUCACGAGUUUGGUGACCGGGCCAAGAACCUCUGGACGGCAUUCCAGGAUGCCGACGGGAGGUAUGAGUUUGAGGAUGUAACUGGCCACGGCACUCAUGUUGCCGGGAUAAUUGCCUCUACGACCUACGGCGUGGCUGAACAAGCCCGCGUGCUCUCGGUCAAGGUCCUUGACGCCAACGACGAGGCACUUGUAUCUGAGGCAAUAGCAGGCUUCAACGCAGCCGUCAAGCACAUCAUCGAACACGGCCGGCAGCAUAGGGCCGUGAUCACUCACUCAGGAGGGGCAGGGUGGGAAUAUUCGGCUGCCUGGAGAACGGCUGUUCGGGGAGCGCUCGAGGCGCCGGGGGGGCCAAUUUUGACCGUUGUUUCGAGCGGCAACGACGGCGCAAAUGUCGACUACACGGCACCCGCUUGCCUGGACGAGGUUAUUUCGGUUGGGUCCAUGGAGAUGGAUUGGAAGAUCAGCCCUACCUCCAACUAUGGAUGCCAGGUUGACAUACUGGCCCCCGGAGACAGAAUCAAAUCACUGUCUCACACGGCCGACGAUGAUUUGGUCAUCAUGUCUGGAACCUCGGCGGCGGCGCCCCACGUGGCUGCCGUGGCAUUGAACGCCAUGGCAGUUUUUGGGAAAAGCAGCGGGCAAGUGUCUGAUUUUCUUCGACAAACUGCCACGCGGGGUAGGGUUAGGGGCAUACUCCGUGACACGCCGAACCUUCUCGUGAACAAUAACAACCCUGUCCAGUGGUAG